UUGACCCACAAUUUUCUGCACUCACUCCACAAACAUAUAUAAGAGCCGCAAAUACUAAUUCCAUUAUCAUCAUCUUCUUGCAAACACAUUCUAUUAUAUAUGCAACCAAAUCAAUAAACCCCAUCAAAUUUUCUUGAAAUAUUAAAUAUGGUGAAACCCACUAAAUCUUCUGAUUUAUCAUCAUCUUCUUUAUGUGUAUCUUCAUCAUCUUCUUCUUCUUCGUCAUCUUCUUCGUCAAUAAAGUACAAAGGAGUGCGUAAGAGAAAGUGGGGAAAAUGGGUUUCUGAAGUUAGACUACCCAACAGUAGAGAAAGAAUAUGGUUGGGUUCUUAUGAUACAGCAGAAAAAGCUGCCCGGGCAUUUGACGCCGCGCAAUUUUGCUUGCGCGGCGACAUUGCAAAGUUCAAUUUCCCGGAUAAUCCCCCGGAAAUUGCUGACGCAAGGUCAAUGAGUGCUGCCCAAAUACAGGCGGCGGCUGCCCGGUUUGCCAACUCGGAUCCGGAGCCCCGGGAAAGCAUUUCGGGUCACAUAGAUAAUUCGGAUCUUUCUUCUUUAUCUUGUUCGUCUUCUGAAUUGUUGGACGUAGAGUUGCCAUCUAAAAACAAGCUAUUUACCUUUAGAAAAUGUCAAUAA